AUGGAUACCAAAAUAAGGGCAAUGAAAAUGGCAUUGGAGUGGCUUGAUACCUCUAACAAGAGGACGGAAACAAUCGUACUAACAGAGAGUAUGGCCAUGGUUGACGUGAUGGAAGGUGUGAAGAAUGACGAUGGAGAAAGUAUAAGGAAAAACAACUUCAGCAUAACAGAUGCAAGUAGGUUUUGCCCGUUCCAAUUAGCAAAAAAGAAAAGGAAAUGGACAAAGAAACAAGAUUUCGAUUCGGACAUCACAUGUCCCUCAGAAGCUAUGAAGCGAGGAUGGGCCUUACAGACGACGAUAGAGGUCGAGGAUGUGGAGAGGGAGUUGAAAGAGUACCACACUUAUGGCUGGAGUGCCAAACGCUGA